CUAACUGUUUCCUGGUAAGAGAAAGGAUAUAAGUCUUUACUUGAGCAGUUGUGUACAUUUCAUCAAACAAUCGCGCACCUGAAGAGGAAUAAACAUGGGGAAAUCAGUCACUGUGGUUCACUGGCUUCUGCUCACGCUGGGACUAGUUGCGGCUCAAGCAGAGAAAGCAGAGCAAGUGCUGCCAAACUGGCUUACGGGAAUCAUUGCCGUUGGUGUGUUCUUCUUUCUGAUCUUCGUCACCUUCCUUGUAAACAAAGCCUGGUGUGAAACUCCAAGCAAACCAGAAGCAGUACCCAUUGAAUACGCCAUGACCAAUGUAUCAACCCGUCUUGACGCAGUCAGGAGCAUCGACGACCCUAACGCAUACGAGAACGCGAUUGUUCACCAAACCGAUGAAAAAGCGACUGAGAUGUAGACUAAUCUCAAGGAAACGUCCACAACCAGUCAGCACGCCAUGUUAACCUUAUUUUUUUGUUGUUGUAAUAAGUUAUAAUACAAACACCAUACAAAUCUUAGCACAGACCUCUUUAAAUUAUAUUUAAAAAAACAUUUUAAUAUAAUAUCAGACAUUCAGUAUAUCACUUGUUGUGCAGACCUCUUUAAAUAAUAUUUAAAAAAAAUUCAAUAAUAGGCCCUAAUAUUAAUAAAAUCAUAUAUGCUACCAUUCAAAAAUCUUGGUUUGGUAGGAUUUUUAAAUGUUUUUGUAGGUUGCAUACAUUAUAAUGCUAUUUUAAUAUGCAUUUUAAAUGUAAUUUUUUUCCUGUGAUGCAAAGCUAAGUUUUACGCAGUCUUUAUUACAAUCUUCAGUGUCAUAUGUUCUGAUUUGCUGUCCAAGAAACAAUUAUUUUCAAUGUUGAAAACAGUUGUGCUGCUUAAUAUUUUAGUAAAAUAUUUUAUUGUUAAAACAAAUGUUACCAUUGCUAAUCUUUUAAAUGGUAGUGCAUGUAAAACCAUCACAGAAAUGGCUGGUGUGUAUGUUUUUUGUUUAAAUAAUGCUUAAAAUAAAACCAUUAAGAAUUUCGAAGUCAAAAGAUGCUUAAAAUGAAAAUAACUUUAUUUUCUGACACUUCAGAUAAAUUCUACUUUUCCAAAAUAAAGUAACAGACCAUAAUGA